GCAGGGCCCCGGGAGGGGACCUGGGCCGCGAUGGGGACGGCCAGCCGCGGGAGGGGACCCAGGGGUAAUACUGGGGACAGGCCGAGCCUCGGCAUGGGACAGCCUGAGCCGCGAUAGGCACAGGCUGAGCGCCAGGAGGAGACGGCGCGGGCCGCGAAGGGGCCAGAUCGACCCUUGGCAGUGGACGGACGUUGCAGGAUGUCUGAAGGGGACAGUGUUGGGGAUUCUGUCCAUGGGAAGCCAUCCGUGGUGUACAGAUUUUUCACACGCCUGGGACAGAUCUACCAGUCCUGGCUGGACAAGUCCACACCUUAUACGGCCGUGCGGUGGGUGGUGACGCUGGGCCUGAGCUUUGUCUACAUGAUCAGAGUUUACCUGUUGCAGGGCUGGUACAUCGUGACCUACGCGCUGGGCAUCUACCACCUCAACCUCUUUAUAGCGUUCCUCUCUCCCAAAGUGGACCCCUCCCUGAUGGAAGACUCAGACGAUGGCCCUUCGCUACCGACCAAACAGAAUGAGGAGUUCCGUCCCUUCAUUCGAAGGCUUCCAGAGUUUAAAUUUUGGCACGCGGCGACCAAGGGCAUCCUCGUGGCUAUGGUCUGUACCUUCUUCGAGGCUUUCAACGUGCCAGUGUUCUGGCCCAUCCUGGUGAUGUACUUCAUCAUGCUUUUCUGUAUCACGAUGAAGAGACAAAUAAAGCACAUGAUUAAAUACCGGUACAUACCGUUCACACAUGGGAAGAGGAGAUACAAAGGGAAGGAGGAUGUGGGCAAGACGUUCGCUAGUUAGAAGCUGGACUGAGUUGCUCACGUGGUCAAGACCAGCUUUGAGCCAUUGUAACAAUGCCUUUUUCUUCACAUAAAGUAGUUGAUUAUGAGGGAGUUGAAUUUUCUUUUUAAAAGGAAGCCUUGAUGAUUUGUAACUGAAAUAUCAGGUUCUGAAGAAACUGGCAUUUAAACCAAAUUGCGAUUUCCUCUUCAGUGAUAUUCACGUUUCCCAGUGUAUGGAAUUGUAGUAAACUGCGGGCUCGUGGGGCCAGGGGUGGCGGGGUGCGGGCAGGCUGGAGCCAGGCAGCCUUCCUGCCACUCGAGGCCCUCCCGCGGGCCGGAGUCAGCCCGGCUGGUGUGGGAGAGGGGUGAGGCUGUAAAGCGGACCUCACGGGCCCGAGGUUCUCAUGCCAGUUUCCAACUUCAUCUCACUGGAGAUGGCUCAUGUUGGCCUCUACCAUGAUGUCUUUGUUCUUAACUACCCUGCUUCUGAGGGCCUGGAAUUAUAAAUAUAUAUAUUCUAUUUUAAUUGUUUGAGAUUAUUUUGACACAUUUCUUUGAUACCUACAGUUUGCUUUUGAUUAAUUUAAAUUUGUCUCAUGCAGCAGCCCCUGUAAGGAAAGAUCAGACCUGGUUAAUACAGACCAGGCCUGCAGAUUUACCCAGCUUUUCAUUUCCUGUGGGGGAAGACAGAAUCUACUGCAUGUUAGCUUUUUGAUGUGAUAAACAUUUUACUAAUUGACUUUUUAAUCCCAACUUUAUUAAAGACAAUGUCCCCUUG